AUGGCAGCACCAGCUACACCACCACACGCUUCUGCGGUAGAUAAAGGCCCUUUUUGUCUUGUGACCCAAGACCCGUGUCCGGUACAGGCCUUGGCACGCGUUCGUUUUCUUGACUCUGCAGACAAGGACCAGAUCGCAAAAUGGAAGACAAUAUGGGGCCCGGAUUUUGACUUGGACUCUCCACUGAAUACGGUAUGGUUGAGAAAGGACUGGGCCGCAACCUUAGAGGCCCAUUUGUGGACCUUGAUUCCUGUGCAACUCCGUCUUGAAAAGACGCUUACUGCUCUCCUGCAAUGGAAAGCGAAACGCCUUAGACCUACCAUGAAUGAUAUCUGUCCUUUACUGAACCGCGCCGCUGGAAACACCUACUACUUCACCCUCCUCCCGCUUAAACUGAACAAUUAUCCCAUCAUCCGCACCACCCGCACCGCGGAAACACUUCAGCCCACCGGCGAAAUCAAAAGCUACAAAACCUCGUCCACCACCUUCAAAGCCGACUUCCCUUCUCUAAGCUGUACAUUGCACCCAUUCUUCGUCAUACACGGCGCGCUCGCGCACUUUCAUGCACAUUUGGGGAACCCCCUGCAUCUGACGGUCUACGCACAAUUAGCAACGAUCAUAAAUCUCUGGGAAGGGCUAUUGACGUAUCCAAAAUCUAAGGGAUCGUCUCAUGCUGGGACAAAGACUAUACAACAACCGAAACGAAGUAUCGCAGAUGUGGAAGUGGUUGUUAUCGAGGACGAUGAGCAGGAUAACAAGGCUUCUCUCCGUCCGGAUACAUCGGAAGAAGAUGUUAAGGCGCUCCUUGCAGGCCCUAGCUCGAUCAACUACAACACCAGGACGUCGGAUUGCAAAGUGACUGGAUGGACGAUGCCCCAGAGAUCUAUACUCCCGUUAGAGAUUGGAAGUCUAUUUGAACGCUUAUAUACGCUGGGUAUCCCGGAGAUGAGUGGACCUGUCGCCCUUCCAUAG